AUGAGUCAUGUGAGCGGGAACAGCUCAGGUGUUGUGGCUCCGCCCCUCAAACACACCUCAACAUCAUGUGACGUCGUGACCUCAGACCUCCCGACCUCCACCAGCCCCGCGCCCCUCAACAACAACAACACCAAGUCCAGCAGUGACAUCACUUCCUCCUCUAACAGCACAGGCGUCGAUGCUGGCAUCCGUACGGUGGAGAUCAUGAGGGGUGUCAGUGACUCCCUUGGGGUGAGUAUAGCCGGAGGGAAGGGCAGCCCGCUGGGUGACAUCCCCAUCUUCAUCGCCAUGAUUCAGGCCAAUGGAGUCGCUGCCAAGACGCACCGUCUCAAG